GCCUGGAUAUUUCCACAUCUUCUUUCCCAGGUUUUCUUAGAAGCUUGAAUUACUCGGCUGCAGUUUGCCAGUAUAAUACAGUGAUAACAUCUAAAAAACAAUAAGGAGAGAGAUGGAACCGAUAUCUGAGAUGCUUCCAUUAACUGGGAAAACAAUAAUAUUUGAUAGUUUUCCUGAUCCUUCUGAAACAUGGGAAAUAAUUGAGACUAUUGGCAAAGGAACGUAUGGCAAAGUUUUUAAAGUGUUGAACAAAAAAAAUGGCAGCAAAGCAGCAGUCAAAAUCUUGGACCCAGUUCACGAUAUUGAUGAAGAAAUUGAAGCCGAGUACAACAUUUUGAAAGCUCUCUCUGAUCAUCCCAACGUCGUCAAGUUCUAUGGAAUGUACUACAAGAAAGAUGUGAAGAAUGGAGACCAACUUUGGCUGGUUCUUGAGCUAUGCAAUGGAGGAUCUGUGACUGAUCUGGUGAAAGGAUUUUUGAAGAGAGGUGAAAGGAUGGACGAACUUGUAAUUGCUUAUAUUUUACAUGAAGCACUUAUGGGGCUUCAGCAUUUGCAUGAAAACAAAACCAUCCACCGUGAUGUAAAAGGAAAUAAUAUCCUAUUGACCACUGAAGGAGGAGUUAAACUUGUGGAUUUUGGUGUGUCUGCUCAGCUGACCAGCACUCAUCUCCGUCGGAACACGUCUGUGGGCACCCCUUUUUGGAUGGCUCCAGAGGUCAUUGCAUGUGAGCAGCAGCUGGACAGCUCCUAUGAUGCCAGAUGCGAUGCAUGGUCACUGGGUAUCACUGCCAUAGAGCUAGGAGAUGGAGAUCCACCUCUUGCUGACUUGCAUCCUAUGAGAGCACUUUUCAAAAUACCAAGAAAUCCACCUCCAACAUUACGCCAGCCGGAGCUGUGGUCAUCACAGUUCAAUGACUUUAUUAACAAGUGCUUGACUAAAGAUUACGAGAAGCGCCCGACAAUAUUCGAUCUUUUGCAGCAUAACUUCAUUAAGCAAAUUGAGGGCAAGGAGAAAGCAUUACAGAAGCAGCUUAUGGAAUUUAUUGAUGUUCAUCAACAAAUGGGAGUCAUUGAAAAGGCAAGGCUGCUGCCAGGACACAGCUACUAUAGAUUUGAGCGAAUUCAUACUAAGAAAGGGGACUACAGUAAGUCUCUACCCUCAGACCAGGAGGACGUGGAUGAUUUAGCAACCUUAGAGGUACUGGAUGAGAAUUCAGUAACGGAGCAGUUGCAGAAGAGCUAUGCCAGGGAUCAGAUCUACACAUAUGUAGGAGACAUUCUCAUCGCUGUCAAUCCAUUUAGGAACUUAGACCUUUAUUCUGCACAGCAUUCCAAACUGUAUAUUGGAGCAAAGCGGACUGCCAAUCCUCCCCACAUCUUUGCUGUGGCUGACAUUGGAUACCAAUCCAUGGUAACAUACAACUCGGAUCAGUGUAUUGUCAUUUCUGGAGAAAGUGGAGCUGGCAAGACACAGAGUGCCCACCUCCUGGUUCAGCAGCUCACAGUCUUGGGAAAGGCCAAUAAUAGGACUCUCCAGGAGAAGAUACUCCAAGUGAACAAUCUUGUAGAGGCAUUUGGAAAUGCAGGCACUAUUAUCAAUGAUAACUCCAGCAGAUUUGGAAAAUACUUAGAAAUGAAAUUCACUUGUGGAGGAACUGUAGUAGGAGCUCAAAUUUCAGAAUACCUCCUUGAAAAAUCCAGAGUUGUCCAUCAGGCUGUGGGAGAGAGAAAUUUCCAUAUUUUUUAUUACAUCUAUGCUGGUUUAGCAGAAAAGAAAAAACUGGCACAUUAUAAACUGCCAGAGUAUAAGCCACCCAGGUAUCUGCAAAAUGAACAUCUCCGAACAGCUCAAGAUUUUAUGAACAAUAAUUUCUAUAAGUCUCAGUUUGAAUUAAUUGAGCAGUGCUUCAAAGUCAUAGGUUUUACAAUGGAGGAACUUGGCAGUGUGUACAGUAUUCUUGCUGCAAUUUUAAACGUGGGUAACAUUGAGUUUUCUUCAGUGGUAUCCGAGCACAUGAUUGACAAGAGCAAUAUUUCCAAUCCAGUCGCACUUGAGAAUUGUGCUUCCUUGCUGUGCAUUCAGGCAGAUGAACUGCAAGAAGCUCUCACCUCCUACUGCGUGGUGACUCGAGGGGAAACCAUUAUCCGUCCCAACACCGUCGAAAAAGCUAUUGAUGUCAGAGAUGCCAUGGCCAAAGCAUUAUAUGGGCGUCUCUUUAGUUGGAUAGUCAAUCGCAUCAAUACUUUACUCAAGCCAGACAAACUUUUAAGCGAAAAUGAUGAUGGGUUGAACAUUGGGAUUCUUGAUAUCUUUGGCUUUGAAAAUUUCAAAAAAAAUUCUUUCGAACAACUGUGUAUCAAUAUUGCUAAUGAACAGAUUCAGUUCUACUUCAAUCAACAUAUAUUUGCCUGGGAACAGAAUGAAUACCUAUAUGAAGGUGUUGAUGCAAGAGUUAUAGAGUAUGAGGACAACCGGCCUCUCUUAGAUAUGUUCCUCCAGAAACCAAUGGGUUUAUUGUCUCUCCUUGAUGAGGAAAGUCGAUUCCCGCGAGCAACUGAUCGGACACUUGUAGAAAAAUUUGAAGAUAACUUGAAGUCAAAAUACUUUUGGAGACCCAAAAGAGUAGACCUAACCUUUGGGAUUUACCAUUAUGCAGGAAAGGUUCUUUAUAAUGCAAGUGGAUUCUUAGCCAAAAACAGAAAUACCUUGCCAGCUGACAUUGUGCUGCUGUUGCGGUCAUCAGAAAACAAUCUGACUAGACAGCUGGUAACCCAUCCUCUUACCAGAACAGGUAACCUGGCACAUACCAAAAGCAAAAGUGCAAUAAACUACCAGAUGUGGACCCCCCAAAAAUCAAUCAGUCGUACAAAGCUGGAUAUCUUUGUGUUGUGCAAUUCGUAUUCCUUCCGUGAGAAUGAAACUGAAGAUACUACAGCUCAUCCAAGAGAGACGACCAAUAUGAAAACACAGACAGUCGCUUCUUAUUUUAGAUAUUCUCUGAUGGAUUUAUUAUCCAAGAUGGUGGUUGGCCAGCCUCAUUUUGUCCGUUGCAUCAAGCCAAACAAUGAUCGGCAGGCACACAAGUAUGACAAAGAGAAGGUACUGGUACAGCUGCGCUAUACGGGAAUUCUGGAGACGGCAAGAAUUCGGAGACAGGGUUAUUCCCAUCGCAUACUGUUUGCUAACUUCAUAAAACGAUAUUACCUCAUCUGUUACAAAACAAAUGAUGAUCCUCCAGUCAGCCCUGAAACCUGUGCUGCUAUCUUAGAAAAAGCCCGCCUUGACAACUGGGUUCUUGGAAAAACCAAAGUGUUCCUUAAAUACUAUCAUGUGGAGCAGUUGAAUUUAAUGAGAAAGGAGACGGUUGACAGGAUUGUUUUGUUUCAGGCCUAUGUCAGAGGGUGGCUAGGUUCAAAGAGAUACAAAAAAUUAAAGGAGAAAAGGGAAGAAAGUGCUAUUAAAAUACAGUCAGUUUACAGGGGCUUUGUUGCUCGUAAAGAAUAUGAAAAUGGAAAAAAUAAAUACAAAAUGGAAACAUUUAUUACCAGACUUCAAGCAGUUGCAAGAGGAUACUUAAUCAGAAAGAAAAGGAAAGAAAUAACAGAUGCAUCGAACAAAGCAGCAACAACAAUUCAAUCUCACUACAGGGGAUAUAGGGAGAGGAAAAGCUUCAAAAAGAAAAGGGAAUCACUUCUGAAGAAGGAACAAACUAAAAAUGCAGCCUCCAUUAUUGAAAAAGAAAAAGAUGAGCAACCUCAAGACAAUGAAGAAAACCCAGCUGUGAUAACAAACUCUCCUUCUGCAGCUGAAGAGGAAGCAGCUGUUAUUGUUCAGAGUAACUACAGAGGCUACAGAGAGCGUAAAAAAAUAAAGGAGCAUCACAGAAAACUAGCAGACCAAGUGUCUUCUCCAGUGGAAAACUUGAAACCAGAAGUAAAGUCAGUUCAAAAUGUAGCGCGGGCAGCUGAGGCUGAAACAGACAGAAAAGAUAAGGCAGCUAUUUUCAGUCAGAGCAGCUACCCUGGACACCCAGACAGACAGAACCUAGAGGAAAAAAGGAAAAUGCCUCCAAGAAGAGAGAGUGCUUCUAUGAAACAAAACCCUCCAUGGCAGCAUCCAAAGGAAGGUAAAAAACAGGCCUCUUUGAAGCAGUCAUCUAAAAAAAUGACAGAACUAGGCCUCCGAGAUCUGACUCAUCAGGAAACAAUCAGCACAGAUGAGCAAAACCAACUGUCUGUUGUUGUUCAGAAUAAGUGUGACAGUCACUUGGAGAGAAAACAUCUGACACAGGAAGGGAUAAUACCUGGUGAAAAUAAAGGAAAUACAAGGAAAGACUCAGUAAGAGGCUCACAGAAGCAAGCUGAGCCAGAAAAACAAGGUUCAGAAGACAAAGACAAGGCAGCUGUGGUAAUUCAGAGUAAUUAUCGAGGUUACAGAAGAAGGGGGCAACUCAGAAAAGAAGGGAAAUUACCUUCUAAAAGUCAAGAGAGAGCUAGUGGAGAGCCAACGGAAGUAGCACACAUUCAAAAUAAUGAUUCCAAGGCAACAAAAGAUAGAGAAAGGUUUAAUCCUCAGGCCGAGGGCCAUAAGAAUCUAAAGGAUGGCUCAGCAAAAGAGGCUUGUGAUUUGGCAGCCUUUUCAAGACAGAUAUCAAAAUUAUCCGAAGACUAUUUGGCACUGCAGCAAAAGUUGAAUGAAAUGAUUUUGUCGCAUCAGCUGAGGCCCGUGAUGCUGUCCAAAGAUAAACAAACAAAUGGCCGACUUUCUCCUCAUGUGUGUCAAUCAGUUGCCACCAAAUCAGAAGACUUUCAUCCCCUACAGCGACCACCAAGGAGACCGCGAACACCCAAAACUUUAAAUAAUCCUGAAGACUCCACAUACUAUACUCUAAUACAUAAAUCAAUCCAAGAAGAAAAACGGAAACCAAGAAAAAACAGUCUGGGCAAGGUGCUAGAUUUAGAAGAUUUCUAUUACCAAGAAAUUUCAUCAAGUGAUUCCAUCUCAAAUGAUAGUAAUUCUAGCACAAGAGAAAAGAGGCCACCAGUGGAGCUCAGAGAUUCAUCUUUAACUAUUACUGAAGGGUCAAGGGUUGCAGAGAGCCCCCUGGACGAGAGCAAAACUGAAGAUAAUCCCUAUGACUACAGAAAACUGCUACGGAAAACCUCUCAGCGCCGGCGCCUUAUCCAGCAGUUUUAGCUGCUGCUGCCAUUUGGCUUUUAUUAGCAUAAUCUUUUUUUAUGAUUUUGUACCGUGUGCUUUUUUUUUGUAUUAGCUCUAAUAUUUCAGGUUUACAGUGAAUAUGAAUUAUGUAGUUUACACCCAACACUGUUUUAAAGGGACACUGUCAAGUUAAAAAUUGUAAAUUUAAAAAAAAUC